GAAUAAAGGAGGCGUGCGAGGCCAGGGACGCAGCGGGGACCAUGGGCACCCGCAGGGACGGCGCCUCCCCGGGGUGCCUGUCACUGCCCUUGCUACCCCUGCUGCUGGGCUCCUUACUGUCCCCCGCCGCCCCCGAGGCCCUCGGCUACCAGCAGGCCGUGGACCGGGCUGUGGCUGACUUCAACCAGCGCUCCUUGUAUGCCAGCCUCUUCCGCCUCCUCAGCCUGGACUCGGAGCCCCCGGGGUUGAGCGCUGAACCAGGGCCCUCACUGAGCUGCACCCCAGGCCUUGGUUUGUGUUUUACUGUUGAGGACCCAGAUACCCCAAAGCCUGUGAGCUUCACCGUGAAGGAGACAGUGUGUCCCAAGGCAACACAGCUGCCACUGGAGCAAUGUGACUUCAAGGAGAACGGGGUGGUGAAGCAGUGCUCGGGCACGGUCACCCUCGGCCCGGCCAGCAGCGCCUUUGAUGUCAGCUGUGACAGGGCGCGGCGCUUCAGGCGAACCGUGGGGCUGAGUAAGUUCUUCCGAAAAGCAAGAAAGAAGCUAGGCAAAGGGUUACAGAAAAUCAAGAAUGUUUUGCGGAAGUACCUGCCUAGACCCCAGUAUGCAUACGCAUAAGAAAUAAAGCGUGA